AUGCAACCAAUCGAUGUUCAGUUUGUGGUAGGUCUUUCUGGCUACUUUGUCAAGGAUCUCCAGGCAGUCCGCCAGAGUCCACAAUACAACCCUCUUCGAGACGACAAUAUCUCACCGCGAACCCCGGGGUUCAAAAGCGUCGUCCAACCUGGCCAAGUAAUUUCGAUUCUCCUCCAUCUUCCAAUAGGAGGAGUCGCCGUCGGCGACUGUGUUGAUGUUAUCUUCUCAGGAGCAGCAUCGCGAGAUCCCCUCUUCGUUGCGGAUGAACAUCUUGAAGUUCUAGAAUCCGUGGUUAGGCCGUGGUUGCUGGGAUGUGAUAUUUCAAGCUUUCGACGGAAUGGCGAAAAGGUGGAGUCCGGUUGGCUGGGCUUACACAAACGAUCCAAGUUACACUCCGCUAUCCGAUACGGCCUCACUCAAGCUCUUCUCGCGGCGACGGCACAAGUGCAUGGAUGUACAAUAGCUGAAGUUAUAUCCCACGAAUGGGGUACCCGAAUUUCAAAUCGGCCAAUUGAUAUUUUGGCAUCAUGUCAUCGGAAUGACACACUACAACUGGACCGAAUGAUCAUGAAGCAGGCUUCGCUCCUUCCACAUGCCUCUUUCGUCCACCGCUCGGAUGUUGGACUAGAUGGCUCCAUCCUAGUCGAUUAUGUACGAUUCGUUGCGGGCCGUGUUAGGGCGCGGGGUUGUUCUGGAUAUUGGCCCCGCCUACACUUUGACGUUUAUGGGACGCUAGGGGAUCUUUUCCCGCAGCUCGAUCGAUUAGCUGCAUUUCUCGACAAGCUAGCACAUGCGGCCCAGCCGUACGAUAUCCUGAUCGAAUCUCCUAUCAUUGCGUCAUCAAAAGCGGAGCAAAUUCGACGGCUCGCGGAGUUACGGAUGUUGUUGUUACGAAAUUCGACCCGAGUAAAGACUGUAGCCGAUGAAUGGUGCAAUACAUUGGAAGAUAUCAAAGAAUUUGCAGAUGCGGGCGCAGUAGACUAUGUACAAAUCAAGAUGCCCGAUUUAGGAGGUAUCGAUAACAGUAUCGAGGCUGUGCUCUACUGCGGGGUUAAAGGAACUGGCUGCUGUUUGGGAGGGUCGGCCAAUGAGACUGAAAUAUCAGCCAGAAUCACGGCACAAGUUGCAUUAGCAACUAAUCCGGAUUUUUUGUUAUCAAAGCCAGGGAUUGGAGCCGAUGAAGGGUUGACAAUUCUCACGAAUGAGAUGCUGCGGGGUAUCGCUUUGACGAAGAGACGACUGAGUAGGAUUUAA